AUGUCUGAUCGCACUCACCCCUCUUUCCAAGCCAGACCUCCCUCGCCUUCCUCACCCGCCGCCGGGUCCCUGAAAGAGAACCAUCGGCUGCCCAUCUCCUCGGACCACAUCCCCCAGACACCGACAUCUCCUCCGUUGAUGUCGGUCAGCGAUCAAAGUCAUGCCGACACCUUCAUAUCCUCACAUACGUCACCGAAUCAGGCGACGGUCCGACCUCCGAACAUCUCCUCCCCUCCAUCAUCUGCGCCGAUGUCUACCCAAGUCUCCCAACACCCAAUGAGCAGCACAAAUUCAUUCCCCACUCCUGCCAGCAGCGUUAGUGGUCAUCUUGUGAAUGCGACUUCUGCGGGGGAUAUGGACCACGGUGGGAAAUCAUUCGAUUUGGGGGCACAGGAUUCGGCAGAAAACUCGGGAGCAGGUCCCGCUCAACCAUCAACACAACACACAGCGGCCGAUCCAGAUCGGCAGUCUUUCCAAACAGAUGGCGCUCACAGUUUUGCCCCAGCGGAGGGUCAGCAGUCGACGAAUAUCGACGCUAUGGACGUGGAUCCCCAGCCUACUCGCCGGGCAGAUCCCCUUGACCUCAGUUUAGAUUCUCUUCAGAAAGAGCUUACAUCAGCUUUUCAUCUUUGCAGGAGACUUAUUAACAUUGUCUUUUACUCCUUCACAGCUUCGGUCGUUACUGGUCCAGAUCCUACAGUCGAUCUCGUUUCCCUCUAUGGGUUAGGACCAAUCGCGCACUCGGUAGCCCGCAUGGAUCCCGUGACAGGAGAGAAGAUCAACCGCUUGAGGAAAUCAUACGAGGGAAAGUUGAAAGGACUGGGACUUGCAGGACGGAACAAGUCCAUGAAGCAGGAGAUUGGUGCCCCUGGCAGUCUGAGACACAUGACUUUAUGGCCUGAAGAGGAAUGGCAAAAUCAGAAGGUGCAUGGCAAGGCUAUGAAGGUGGCAGAUAUGGACUCCGCACUACUGGCUCUUCAAUCCCGAGCGAUGCAGAUGGAACCAGGGCCUGUUCCAAACAAUGAUUUCUGGGAAGAUGUCUUGGGCCAUGAAAAGCCGGCCAAGCAUCAGUCACCGAGCGAGACUGGAAAGAAGGCCGCUCCAGCUCCCGUGGGUCGCACCCAAUCCUAUGCCGCAUCUCCACAACCACAGGAAGCAGAGCGGGUACGUCCUACCAGAGGUCGGAAGCGACACUACGACGAUAACAGCUUUGCCGGCUAUGGUGAAGGGUUUGUGGAUGAUGAUGAUGACCCUGGAUUCUACUCGAAUGGCGAGGGAACCGGGAAGAAGAAACGCAAGAAGGACCAUGUUGCUAAGGUGUCAACCCCCAUGUCUGAAAGAAGCGGUAGCUACGGGGUGGGCAUGUUUGGCAUAGGGGCCAGAUGA